UGUAUUUUUAACCUCUUCGCGCGGUUGCAACUUGAUUUGUUGGCGUUGCAAUUUGAAAUGAAGAUUCGUUGAAAAUGGACUUGGAAAAUGGUCAGUUCCGAGUUUUGUUCAUGGUACCAUUUGUUGACGUGACAGGUUGAGUGAUAUUUCGAUUCUGAAAAAUAAAAUUGAGGUUAGUUUACAUUCUUUGAUAUUGUGGAUUAUUGGAAACUGUUGAAAAUGUCCGAGGGUGAAUCCAUGUAUGGCACGACUCUGUCACAAGAGUCAAUGAAAGUAAUCGCUGAAAGCAUCGGAAUUGGAAAUUUACCCGACGAAGCUGCUAAAGAUCUUGCCGAAGAUGUUAGCUACAGACUGAAAGAGAUCGUACAGGAUGCAGCAAAAUUUAUGCGCCACGGCAAACGUCAACGGAUGACGACGCACGAUAUAGACCAUGCUCUAAAAAUUAAGAACAUCGAACCGACAUAUGGAUUCUUCGCCAAAGAUCAUAUCCCCUUUCGGUUUGCUUCUGGUGGUGGUCGUGAAUUACAUUUUGUGGAAGAGAAAGAAAUUGACUUAAAUGAAGUGGUUUCGAUGACUGGUGGCCAAACAUGGCCGAAACUUCCAUUAGAAAUAACAUUACGUGCACAUUGGCUCUGUAUCGACGGGGUACAGCCAACUAUACCAGAGAAUCCACCACCUGUAUCCAAAGAUUCUCAGAAGGUUGAAAGCGUUGACCCGACAAGUAAGCUGACGAAUAAAAAUCAAAGUAUGGUAGUAGGAAAACCAGGUGGUGGUGGAAAGAGUCAAAAGUUACGUAAUGUGGAAACUGUUCAUGUCAAGCAAUUAGCGACUCACGAGCUAAGCGUAGAACAGCAAUUAUAUUAUAAAGAGAUUACCGAGGCAUGCGUCGGAUCGGAUGAAGCUCGUAGAGCAGAAGCGCUACAGUCUUUAUCUGCUGAUCCUGGUCUCCAUGAAAUGUUGGCACGAAUGUGCACGUUUAUUGCAGAAGGGGUGCGCGUCAAUGUAGUUCAAAACAAUCUUGCGCUAUUAAUUUACCUCAUGCGUAUGGUGAAGGCAUUACUGGACAACCCCAGUCUUUAUUUGGAAAAAUAUCUUCAUGAACUUAUACCAUCUGUCGCCACUUGCAUAGUAUCAAGACAACUGUGCAUGCGUCCUGAAAUGGACAAUCACUGGGCGCUUCGAGACUUUGCUUCUCGACUCAUGGCACAGAUAUGCAAAAACUUUAAUACCUCAACCAACAAUGUACAAACUAGAGUAACUCGCCUGUUCAGUCAAGCAUUAGCGAAGAAUACUCAAACCCAUCUGGCAUCAUUGUACGGUGCUAUCGAUGGGCUAUGUGAAUUAGGCCCAGAGGUAGUAAAGGCUUUGGUAAUACCAAAAAUUAAAUCUAUCUCGGAACGCAUCGAAGCGUGCAUCGAAGGAUCAACCCUAUCGAAUGUCGACAAAAAUGGCGCUGGUCAUAUAAAGACUCUUUUAGUGAAAGCUGUGGCACCUGUCUUAAAGACCAUCCGAUCACCGCCAGAUUACGUGGAAGAGUAUAAACAAGAUUAUGGUUACAUAGGACCAGCUUUGUGUGCUGCAGUUGCAAAAGCAAGAACGCAACCUGUAGCACUAGCUACUACAGCCGCUGCGACUGCAACGUUAACCACUAAUCACCAGCAAGGUUCCGCUGGGAAGACCAUUGUACAGACUGUUGCUAGUGGAAGUCCAGGGCAGCAGCAAACUGGCCGGACAAUAAUGCUGGGUGCUAGUAGAAGUGCUGGAACAACCUCUACGGGGGGACAAAAAUUUGUUAUACUGCAAUCUCGUUCGCAGACCCCAACUGCGACCGGUAUAAGUUCUAACUCAGCGCAGCAACAGCAGCAGCCUCAGCAGCAAGCACAACAGCAAUUGUCUCAACAGCAGCAGCAAGUGCAAUCACAACAGCAGCAACAGCAACAGUCGCAACAACAGCAGCAAGUGAAAAUUAGUCAGAGCACGACGGUCCAGCAAAAACAGCAUAUACAACAAUCUGCCACUAAGCUGGUUGUCGUAUGCAUGUCUGGUAGUAGUCACAGCAAUACAGCAACAGUUUCUCAGGGGAACAUGUCGAAGUCGCAAAAUGUUUUCGUCGCGCAGCAAAGUAUGGACCGCUCGCUCAGUCCAGAAGAAGAACAUUCGUUUCAAUAAGAAGUGUAACCAACCUAUAGACUGUAA